AUGUUAUCAACUGAGAAGACCGAGCCAUUGUUGCGUCGGGGACCUUUACACGAAGUACCACUGUCCUGGUACGAGCGGUUGCUCAUCUGGCUACUCAGCCUCGGUCCCGUGCCAAGCCACAUUGGCGUCAUUCCCGAUGGAAACAGAAGAUUCGCCAGAAAGUCUGGUCUCAGCGUGGACCAGGGACACCGAGCGGGAUCAGACAAGCUCGGAUCGGUCGGCACGUGGGCGAACAAGAUGGGAGUCUAUGAAUCCUCUAUUUACGUCUUCAGCACCCACAAUUUUAACCGGCCCAAGUCAGAAAUCGAUGGGAUUUUCGGCGAGAUGGCAAGCCUUUGUCGUAAUAUCCUCACGAACUAUUCGCAUUACAGGAACCUAGGGUGUCGGGUCCGAUGUGUCGGUGACCUGGAAAUGUUGCCGCGAACCAUGCAGCGACUUCUGGCAAAAGUAGACAUCGUCACAUCCGGGAACCACGGGGGGAAGACGAUGACCGUGUGCAUUGCCUACUCUUCGCGGCAUCAAAUGGCGAGAAUGGCCUUGAAACUCGCCAAAGCGGUCAAAGAGAACACCCUCCAGUCAACAGACAUCACGGCACAGCUCAUCGACGAGUACGUGGGCAUAGAAGACGCACCGGAGAUUGGCAUGCUGGUGCGAACGUCGGGCGAGACUAGACUCAGCGAUUACCUGCUGUGGCAAGGCAGCUUCGCCAACCUUCACUUCGAGCCAAAGAUGCUGCCGGACAUGUCGUUUUGGGAUUACUUCAAAGCCACGCUCUACUAUCAACUCGGUUGGAAGUCAACCGUGAUGACGCAAAGGAAGCUCAACAUCCAAGGAAGAAAAGAAACGGUGCAGGACGUGGGCCAAUUCUUCCGGCAGAGACUGUUCCUGAGAAGAGUUCAAGCUGACAGAAACUCUUACUUGGCACGACUCGCGGAAUGUGAUCUCUAG